GGAACAACAGCGUGUCAGCAACAGUAGGUAGCAGCCACAUGCUCACCUGCCCUACCAGAUCAAAUAUAGCUAUGGUAACAUGGAAAAUAAGCCCCAAGGAUGGAGGCCCCUGCACCUUGGGGUACAGGGCUGACCAGAACAAGACAGACAGAACAAACUGCAGCAGCAGCAUGAACUGGAAAGACAUACCAGAUCGGGAUCCUACCCUUGAGAUACGGCAAGUAGGAAUAGCCCAUGAGGGAAAUUACACCUGUGAAGUAGUAGCACCAGAAGGGAGUUUCCACGAGACGUACCACCUGACUGUGCUAGUCCCCCCCAGGCUGACCCUGUACUGUGAUGACCACGGGAACCCCGUGUGCAAGGCAGCGGCAGGGAAGCCAGCUGCUCAGAUCUCGUGGGUCCUAGAGAGCAACUCCACCUCCAGUGAAGAAGGCCAUGACAACGGGACAGUGACUGUUCUCAGGAAGUUCACAGCAUACAGCACCAAUGUGAGUAAUGCAACCUGCAUUAUGUCCCACCCAUCUGGGAACCAGAGCAAGUCCAUAGCCUGUCAUCUCUCAG